AUGCAUGACCACGAAUCAGUAGUAUCCGAGUCUAAGAAUUCCUUGUCUGAGAACACUUGGAAAAGCUCGCACCCAGCCACGCGAGCACCGAGUGUUCGACUUUCUCGAGCGAACUCCGAGAUCUCACUCUUUGCCCCCGUACGCCGCCGUUCCAUCAUUCGGACCCCGGGAGUUGCUACCCGGGCCGAAACCGCGUCGGAAGCAUCACGGAGGACAAGCCUUCGAGGAAGGCACGAAACAGCAGCAUCCGCUCGCCAGUCGAGGAGGAAUUCUAUCGAACGCAGUCCGACCCGGAUACAAUCUGUGCCUUCGAAGCUCACCGAUCUGAACGGUCAGAGAGCUGUUACACCUAGCGAAACCGAUUACCAGCAACUUGGAGCCAUGAAGUUUGGCUCGUUGCGCAUCACGAAUGGGGCCCCUAGCCCGAGCAGCGAUAAGAGGCGGAGGAAGAGGGGCUCCGGGGGCCAGGUAUUCGUUUUGCACAAUGAUUCCAAUUCGAGUCUCGAGUCCACCCCGAAACAAAACGCCGCCGUCCACUUGAAGAUUGCGGAACCCCGACCGAUUGUGAGCGCUCUAAGCCCUAUAACGGCAACCUUUCUCAAACUAGAAGCUGGCGCCGAAAGCCAGUCUUCGACCCACGCCCGGACCGACGCCGGAAGCUUUGCUAAUUUCCUUCCCGGGAUAAAUUUUGGGUCUUUUACUUUAUCUGAGCCGCGCCCGGUGUCUCCUCUGCAGUUGCAGACGACAUCGAAACACACCGCCAUGGAAGAUGAUCUUUUGAAGAUGACGGCCAGAGUCCACCAACAUCCGAGCUCCGCCAGGGACAAGACGCUGAUUCUCUCCGGGCAGGACAGGGACAGUGGCAUCGUGUCUAGCCCAAUUUCAGACUACUCGACGCAGAAGCCCUUCUCCAAAACAGAUUCGGGCUAUAGUUCGAACGUCUCAUUACGAUCCCUUCGACUGUCGAACGGCUCAUCAGCAGCGGCGGACAAGGAUCUUCCACCGUGCCCCGCCGAGCCCUACACUCAUGCCUACGCAUGCUGCGAUGCCGACCCCGCCAAACCGAGAGGCCCCUCCACCCCCGCCACCCCCAAGGACUAUCCGCUCCCCCGGUCCAACACUACUGCCAGCAUGCGCAUGGGAGAGGCGCCGGUCAACCACAUGCCAGAGGAGGUCUCGGCAAGGUCAAGAAGGAGCCGCCCUCCCGUGUCCUUGCUCAUCAACAAGAACCGUGCGUCUGGCCCUCUCUCGCCCGACUCGAUACAGCUCAGCCCCUCGCGACUGGAAGCCCCGGACUCUGGAGAACGUGCCCGGAAACCAGGGCCUUUGAAACGGCUUCUGAGCGUGACAUCCAGGAAGAGCUCGCGCGGAAGCGGGCUUCGGCGCUCAUUUAGGAAUUCCGGGUCGUCUACCGCAUCCUCUGUUUCUCGUGACUCGGCCUCCACUCCAGACCUUCGUGCCAAGGCCCAGAGGGAUGCACGGCCAUCCAACUUGGCCAAUGUCGAAACUGCUCCGACAGACGAGUACGAGCAGUCGGCGGAACCCCGUUCAGAGACCCCGAGUGAUAGAGGAGUUCAGCGGCGCCGCUCUCUGCAAGCAAUCUCGAGUUCGGUAGUCAACGCCGCCGCCGCGGUAUUGCCCUCCAGAUUGUCGUUUCGAAGGUCGAACUCGCCAGAAAGCGACAGCGUCGACGGCGGAGAACUGGUGCACGAACAAGAGCAGGACCAGCAUCAUGAUUCAAUGGUUCCCGAAAACGAGAGAUGGAGCCGGAGCAGCUCUGCCGAAAGCGACGUGACAUCGGCCUCCGAUUACACGCGCGAUGCCUUGAGCAGGAAUGGCUACGACCCUUCCUUCGCCGCGAUGACGAGUGCUCGGGACGCUUACUUUUCUCCGGCACCAUCUCGCGCACCAUCCCGCGCCGGAUCCGUAGCCUCGCGAUCCGAACGUGAACUGGAUGUGCGACUGGCAGCCCUCAAGGCGCGAUCUAACGCGGGGAGCCCAGCAUCUUUUGACGCCGGAUCGACCCACCAGACCUAUGCGGGAGAUUACAUCUACAUGGACGCCCCGCCCCAGGGCUUGGUGCGAGCUCGCAGCGUCGUACAACUUCGCAUUCCGGCACCCCUGCGCCCACAAUCUGCCUCUGGUUUGAAGAGGGCGAGGAGCCAAACUAGUCUGUAUCGGCAACCGAGCCACGAAAGCAUGAACGGGUUCCCGCCCCAAAACAACCUUGGACAAGUCAGCCAAGAUGGGUCCACGACGCCUCCGGAUGCCUACCCGCCACAGCACCUGCACCGGAGCUUGAGCAACCGCCCAAGGGAGCAGCGGCGCGCCGUACAUGCGCUCGGCGAGCGCGAACCCUUAUUCGGAGCAGCAGAGGCAGAUUCUAGGCGGCCUUCGAGCGCGAACCCUUACUCGGAUAUGCAGCGACAGGCUAGUCAGCAGCAGCAGCUUCGGCACCGGGCGAGCUACGAGUCUCAGAACAAUAGCAAACCCCGUAGUAGCCAUGGCUACUUUCGACAAAGCCCGGAUCUGUGGACGUCGACUCAUUACCAGCAGCUCCAGAUGCAAUACGGAGGGACUGCCCUGGACCCGCGGGCCGGAAGGUUUCCCCUACGUGCCCCGAUCGAGCCAUGCACGGAACCCAAGCACUUCGUCAAACGCAUACUACGCACCGCACGCUCCAUUUAG